AUGGAACGUGAAUCCAAUCCAAUGCAACCUAUGUGCCGCUCCGGUUGCGGUUUCUACGGCAAUCCAGCCACCGAUGGUCUCUGCUCCGUGUGCUAUAAGGAUUCUUUGAGAAAAAAGCAACAACCACCUGUUAGCAGCACACCUGUAUCAGUUCCAAGCCCACAGCCAAGUCCCACAUUCAAUCCAGCCAUCACAAUAACCAAUACAGCACAGCCGACAGUGCAAAGUUUACAGCUGCAGCAUAAUGAAAUAAAAGAGGUGAGUCAGAAAGUGUAA